AAUACAAUGGUGAUAUCCAGAAUAAACCGUGCAUCGGGCGCAGUUUGAUUUUCUUCAGGUGAAAUUUUGCCACGAUUCCUUUUUGACGCAAUCGGUCCACUCCGGAGAAACCGAGAACAUGGGAGAUAGCAUCGACGCCCUCAAACGUCUCUACGAUAUUUGGCAGGCAGGGCGAAAUGGGGAUGCCAAUUCCACUCACAACCAAACAGAAUGUCACCGUUUAAUCGAGCAGGACACAUUCUUUUUAUGGGUUUUAAUACCGUCGUCGGUCAUAGUUAUCAUUCUGAUGUUUUUCGUCAAACGGGUACGCCUGUGGCCGAACAUCUUAUUCGGAAGACCAGGGAUUCUUAUUCCGAUGGACUUCCUUGACGACAGAGGACUCCGACUCUCGUACGCUGCUGUUUAUGGUCUGACAUCAUCAUUGUGUCUUAGAAUGAUACUGCAGGAUUACCCCAUCAAAUUAACUGGUCCCGUCUUUAUAACAGUGUUCAUAAAGUUGGGCACCAUGGUGGUGUACGGGUUUGCGCUAUACCCCCUCCUCGCCGUGCUUACUACAGGAACAGUGUUGAGUCUGGGGAUGGGUACCCUCUACAUUUGGCUGUUCUUCAUUAUCAACAUGAUCCAUGCCACGGACUGUGCUGGUGACUGGAACUGGCGAUUCUAUAUAGAGAUAGUGUUCUUGCCAGCCAUCCCAGAGUUAGCUUGUUCACUCUUUCUGUCUAUCUCCAUCCCAUUGAGAAUGAUUCGCAUCCUCCUCAGCAAGUGGAACGACGUAGACAAGCAGACAUUUUUUGAAAACUCUUACCAGGCGGAAUAUGUAAGACAGCUGUUUAGGAAACCUCCAAAAUGGUGCACGACCAACUUCGACUCCAACAUGGAAUUGACGCAGCGGGUCAAAGGCAAACUUAGAUCUCUGGUGGAAUUGGAAGAAUCCGGCUUUCGCUACUCCCCACGAAUUCUGUCAACCUAUGCUGCAGGCUCGAUUUUAUUGUUUUUGAUCGCUUAUAACCUCUACUCCAUCCUGAUAACCACGAUGGAGGCCAUCAUCAAUCCAUUUCAAGCAUAUAUAGAUGAAUGGAAUGACACAAGGACAUUGUUCGAAGUAUAUAAAAAUGUUUCAUCGUAUGAGCCCGACUCUUAUGUUGGAGUGGUAAGGAUCGUCAACCAUUGGCUUGGCACUGCCUUGAUUGUUUUCUGCCUCUCCUUGACCCUUGCUGGUGUGAUCGGCAUUGUCCAGUCUUUUCUUGGACUCCGUGCUUACAGAAAUGACUACCUCAGUGCCUGCAGAGGCGAGUUCUCAAAUGUGGGACUUGGUCAUUCCUCUCUGAUGCGGGCCUUUGUGAGCUAUUCUGGUUACCAGGUUGCCUACAUCUUUUGGGCUUUCGUGCUCCAGUUCUUUGUUUUCUGUAUCGUUUUUGCCAUUCUCAGCUACAUCUUCUUCAUCCCGCUGAUAUAUGACAGCGCCACGUGGUUCUUAGACUACAUUCGUGAUUACUGGCCGAUCGUAUCAGUCAGUCUGGUAGUCAUCAUAGCGUUGAACGUAACGGCCAGAUGCCUCUUUUUACAGCAGAGGGGAAAGGUAUUCGCAAUUGAUAACAGGCGGCUACUGUUCUGCGUGAUGUUUUUCGCUUUCUUUUACAAUGUGUUCGUGGGUUUGUUCUCCUGUUUACUGCGAAUGGGCAAAUCUGUAGUGUUUGGCCUGUUCUUCCUCAGCCGCCUCGACAGCAGCACCCUCCCAAAGAAAUUUGAAAAAAUGGACCCAGGUUUCGAAGCUUACGUCGGUCUUAUCCACGUCGAGACUGCCCACACCCAUCCUGUCUUGGUGACCUUUGUCAACAUGGUGAAGGAGGCCAUACGGGAAAGGCGAGAUCAAGAGAAAGAACAACAACUAAAAGAAACAUCAGCAUCAGCUAAAAUAGUUGACUACGAUGAGCUUGGUAGUAUCGAAAGAAUGGAACCAGACACAGACAGAUCAGUGAAAAAGAGCAAACAAAUCAGGUCGCGAUGGUUCCUGUCCUACACCUUGAUAAACAAUCUUCCCCUUCGGGCGACAAGGAAGCAUUACAUUGACGCUGAGCGGGAAAAGCACAAGGAAAGGCAACAACGACGGUGUAGGAAGCAAGGCAUUGAGUUGGAAGUUGAGGUGAUCGAUCCAAAUUAUCCCAACAAGGGGAGCGAAGACCGCAGUGCCAGCAUGGGAAACGUGUCAGAGAAGCAUGGAACGCAGUAUGAAACAUUUUAAUGUUCAGCUAUGAUUAAUUGUGUCUGAGUAGCUACCCGAAACUCCUAGAAACACUAACGGCGGUUACAGUAGCUAUAUUCCACCAAGGCUAGUCUUUCCUAAUUCGUUAUCAUCAUAAUGAUGAACUCCACGUAUACUACAGUCCGAACAGACGCGCUUCCGUGUUUCUCCUUGGGUUGCCCCUUAUUUCCGGCGAGUGACAAGUGCCCUCAUACUGUGGUGGCCGGCCAAAAUGGUGUACACACAGAAUUCGUCAUAAAUCUGAGUAAGUCAACAAUGAGUGAAAAAUGAUUUCGAGAAGAUGACCUUUUCGCAUUUCAAUCAAUACCGAACAAUAGACUUCAAUCAAUUAGUUGUCUCACCUCACGGCCGUUUAAUGACAAGUAUAUCUCUUAUCCGAAUGUCCCGCUUUUGAAGUGCACAUUUGGCCAAGAAAGGACUUUAGACAAAAACGCUGUCAUCUUAUGAUAAUGAUAAUGUCAUUAUUGGGAUAAUUCUUUGUGAUUAUUGUGAUUUUUAUAAAUUUUUACCGUAUAGGGCAGAGGAAGGAUACACACAUUGUACAAAUCGCAGUUAUGCUUUACAAUAUUAUAGGCUCAGGUAGAUGCAUGCGUACCGUAGCAAUAACUUAUCACUUCAAAGUAAUAUGUUUUUGCCGGUACGUAUAUCACGAUGAGGAGCUUUUGAUAUUAGCAGCUCCAUCUUUUAACAACAACCUUAUACAAAUAAAUAUUAUCUACAACAUUAACAAUACA